GGGCCCGACGCCCAUCCCACUCACUCAUUCCCAUUCCAAUUCCCCUCACACCCGAUUCCCGACGACGAGCUCCCCUCCUCCUCCUGCUCGGUGCUCGCAGCAGCAGCCAUGGCGGCCGCGAACCAGCUCAACGCCCUCGUCUCCAACAUGUUCGCCACGGGUUUGCUGGACGAGCAGUUUCAGCAGCUGCAGAUGCUCCAGGACGCGAGCGCGCCGGACUUCGUCUCCGAGGUCGUCACCCUCUUCUGCGACGACGGCGAGCGGAUCAUCGGCGAACUCACCAAGCUGCUGGAGAAGCCCAGUGUGGAUUUUAACAGGGUGGACGCCUUCGUGCAUCAGCUCAAGGGAAGCAGUGCUAGUAUUGGUGCUCAGAAAGUGAAGAACACUUGCAUUCAGUUCCGUGAGUUCUGUCAGCAGAAGAGUAGAGAUGGGUGCCUCAAGACACUGGAUUCAGUGAGGAGUGAAUUCUAUGAUCUGCGCAGCAAGUUUCAGACUAUGCUUCAGCUGGAGCGGCAGAUCCAGGGCUUCUACUCCAAGUAAAUUGGAGUGGCAGAAUGGAGCGACAUGUUCAGACGAUGAAUGCACCUUUAAUAUCUUAGAGCAUGCUCAGUUAGCUCCAAGAUUGGCUUCUGGGAAGUCUGUAAUAGCUUAGCAACAAGAUUAGUGUUGACACCUUUUUUACUGUAGCUAUCGUAAGUGUCUGUGCUGGGUGAUCGAUCUCCUGCAAGCAUUUGCAGGCCAUCUGGUUACUCAUUGUAGUCGCUCUUAAUCUCGUAAGAGCUCAACAGCUAUGCGGUUUUGGCUGAAAUCGCAUAGUGCUGGUUGGCAUGGGGUCGUCGUGUCGUGGUGGUGGUAUAUGGUGAAGAAACAAAACAAUGCUAUGUGUUAUCGAUAUGUUUGUUAUCUAUCAAUAUGUUCGUUCUGUGA